GAUACUACACCCGAUGAACUGCUGUCUGCUGUUAUGACAGCUGUCCUUCAAGAUGUCAAUCUUCGUCCUGAGGUCCUGGGAGACAUCUGUGUGGGAAACGUGCUGCAGCCUGGAGCUGGCGCUUUGAUUGCAAGAGUUGCACAGUUUCUAAGUGGUAUUCCAGAGACGGUGCCAUGCUCGAGCGUGAACCGGCAGUGUUCCUCUGGGCUACAGGCCAUUAUCAAUAUAGCAGGUGGCAUCCGAAAUGGCUCGUAUGACAUUGGCUUGGCCUGUGGCGUGGAAACGAUGUCCCUCAGAGAUGCAAGUAACCCGGGUGACAUCGGUUCCAGCAUGAUGGAGAACAGCAAGGCUCGAGAUUGCCUUAUUCCUAUGGGAAUAACCUCAGAAAAUGUGGCAGAGAAGUUUGGAGUUUCCCGAAAGAAGCAAGAUGCCUUCGCCUUGGUUUCCCAACAAAAAGCAGCAAAAGCUCAGCAGACGGGACUGUUUAAAGCGGAGAUUGUUCCAGUGAAGACCACUGUUCUAGACAAUCAGGGCAACAAAAAAACAAUCACCGUGCACCAAGACGAAGGGAUUAGGGCCUCCACGACCCUGGAAGGCUUGGCAAAGCUGAAACCUGCCUUCAAAGAGGGUGGCAGCACUACAGCAGGUAAUGCCAGCCAGGUCAGCGACGGAGCAGCUGCUGUUCUCCUGGCAAAACGCUCAAAAGCAGCACAACUGGGACUCCCCAUCCUGGGGGUGCUCCGGUCCUUCGCUGUGGUUGGGGUCCCACCCGAUGUCAUGGGCAUAGGGCCAGCCUACGCGAUCCCUGCAGCUGUGGAGAACGCAGGUCUGACUCUGGAUGACAUCGAUGUAUUUGAAAUUAAUGAAGCCUUUGCAAGCCAGGCUCUGUACUGUGUGGAAAAGCUGGGCAUUCCCAUGGAGAAGGUCAACCCCCUGGGAGGAGCAAUAGCACUGGGGCACCCCCUGGGCUGUACUGGUGCUCGUCAAGUUGUCACUUUGCUUAAUGAAUUGAAGCGCAGAGGGAAGAGAGCAUACGGUGUGGUAUCGAUGUGCAUUGGAACCGGCAUGGGCGCUGCAGCUGUAUUCAAGUAUCCAGGGAACUGAACUCCAGUGUACUGACAAAACAACACAACAGCUAACCCUCUGCCUUCUCUAGUAGUAGAAAGUGAUUUCCACUGUGAAAUCAAGUGGAUUCAGGGGUUUGUUACUAGAUCUACAAACUUCAGGCACAAAUUGCGAAGCAGAAUAAAUCAUACAGAUCUACUAAGCAGCUGGGAAAAUGCAAAACUGGCAUUUGCUUCAGAGUUAAAAAACAUCCUGAUAUAAGA